CGUACAUUGAAUAAAAUAUUUUGCUUUUUGUAUUCCCUUGAUCAUUUAUGAAUAAAAUACUGGAAUCUAUGAAUUUUAAUUGCACUGUCACGGCUUCCUUCGCCAUUGGAAUUUCGACCCCACCUGACAACCCAAAGUCAUGCCGAUCGACAUCAACUUGUUGCGCACAGAGCGCGGCGGCAACCCAGAAUUGGUCCGUGAGAGCCAACGCAAGCGCUAUGCGGAUGUGGACCUCGUGGACCGCGUCAUUGCGCUAGACGAAGCGUGGCGCAAGAAGCAGGGCGACUUGGAAACGCUCAAGAUGAACAUGAACCGCCUCCAAGCCACGAUCAAGGACUUGUACAAGGCCAAGAAGAAGGACGAAGCGCAAGAGUUGGUCGACCAACGUAAGCGACUGGAAGAAUCCGAGCCCGCGCUGAAGCUCGAAGCCGACGCCCUCAAGGAGGUCGUGGACCGCGAAUUGUACAAGAUCGGCAACCUCGUCGACCCCUCGGUUCCCAUCUCCCAGAACGAAGACGACAACGAAGUGACAGCGACGUGGGGCACGUGCCGUGCGCACGACGACUCGUUGCACUACCACCACGAAGUGCUGCACCGCAUCGACGGGUACGAGCCCGAGAAAGGCGUGCAGGUCGCCGGCCACCGCGGAUACUUUCUCAAGGGCUAUGGCGUCAUGUUGAACCAAGCGUUGAUCAUGUACGGACAACAGUUCCUCAUGAAGCGCAAGUACACGCUCCUCCAGCCUCCAUACUUCAUGAACAAGGACGUGAUGGCCGGGGUUGCGCAGUUGAGCGAGUUUGACGAAGCUCUGUACAAGGUCACGGGCGCCGACGCGAACGAUGAAAAGUACCUCAUCGCCACCUCGGAACAGCCCAUGUGCGGGUUCCACAAAGGCGAAUGGAUCACGGAAUCGGCGCUCCCGAUCCGCUAUGCCGGUUCGUCGACGUGCUUCCGCAAGGAAGCGGGGUCACACGGCAAGGACACGUGGGGCAUCUUCCGUGUCCAUCAGUUUGAAAAGGUCGAGCAGUUCGUGCUCUGCGAACCGGAGCACUCGCCGGCCAUGCUAGACGAAAUGCUCGCCACGGCCGAAGCAUUCUACCAGUCGUUGGGCUUGCCGUACCGCGUCAUCAACAUCGUGUCGGGCGAGUUGAACAAUGCCGCGAUCAAAAAGUUCGACUUGGAAGCGUGGUUCCCCGCGUACGCCGAGUUCCGUGAGCUGGUGUCGGCGUCGAACUGCACCGACUACCAAUCCCGCGCCAUGGAGAUCCGCUGCGGCAUCAAGAAGAUGAACCAAACCGAGAAGAAAUACGUACAUCUGCUCAACGCGACGCUGUGCGCGACGACGCGUACCAUCUCGUGCAUCUUGGAAAACUUCCAAACCCCCGAAGGUGUCCGUGUCCCCGAAGUGCUCGUUCCAUUCAUGGGUGGUGUGACGUUCUUGCCGUUCGUGAACGAGCCUAAGGCCAACACGAACGCCCUCAAAAUGGAAAAGGCGGCGUCCAAGAAGGCGUAGGAGAUCAGGGAGAAGUAAUACCAUGUCCUCUUGUCAUAGGGAUGUCUGUCACGCAAUGUAUCAUGCGAGGUUGCGGAAGGGGUCUUCAUGGACGGUCGUGAUGACGAAGUACUUUGAUGCAUCAUGCUAGAUGCCGCUGCAUGUCUUGGUGGGCUGUCGGAUUGCCGCCAUCACAUCUGCUGUACCCG